AAUGGGUAAGAACAACACCAAUAUCCUUACGCAAUCUACAGUUCUUGCAAUGGUUUUAAUCGCUCCAAUAAUGGUGAAAGAAGUUACAAGCCUUACAAUUUGCAAAAUCGACAUAAACGAUAUGCAGAAAUGUCGUCCAGCCGUCACUGGAAUCAACCCCCCGCCUCCGGUCAACGAGUGCUGCCUAGUGGUCCGAUCCGCUAAUUUGGAAUGCUUUUGCAGAUUCAAGUUUUAUCUCCCUAUUCUAGGAAUUGAUCCAUCCAAAGUUGCGGCUCUUGUAGCCAACUGUGGCGUUACAACAAUCCCUCCUAGUUGCCGAGUUUGAAGAAUGGGGCUUGAGACAUGUCUGUAUGGUGCUGCAAGUGUUUGCUGGGUCUUGCUUGCCCUGCAUCUGAUCUGAUGUAUCUGAAUUUACUAUGUUUUUAUGUGUUCUAAUCCAAAUAAAUCACAGA